AUGACUUCUUCGACUCAAAAGGAUUUCGGACUUAGCGGAGAUACUACUCGCAAGCUAACCGAAAACGAAGUGAAAAGGAUUCAAGCCCUCUUACCCUUCGUAAAUGCCCCGAAUUACCUCGAACGAGCGUUUAAAGACUACGGUAUCGUUACCGAUUCGGAGAAAAAGCAAUGCCUUACUAACACUUACUCCGAUAGUACCUAUCCCUCUCCUUCUCACCGCGCAAGCAUUACCGCUACGACUAACGGCGGCAAUGCGAAGGCUUUUCCGGAUUCAUAUGCCCGCGUGUUUAAUACAAAAGCUACUAUUGCACCGGUAAAGACUCGAGCGCGCAACGCGGCCUCUCGAGUUACGCUAUACUCGCUAAAGAACGCUCUUUUAACAAAAGCAAAAGUCCAAUCCACUUAUAACCAGCUUAAGAUUACUUUCGCUAAACUAAUAGAAAUAAAUAAACCCGAGCCCGCUUACACCGCGAUUCUCAAUCGAAACGCCUCACGACCGGAAGACUUACGGAAUCUGCCCGUCACACUACUAAAGGCUCUUAAGGUUGCACUUAAGCUUAAGGCCAAGCCUUCUAAGACUGCCAAAUCAUACGAAAGACUUAGCAAAGUGAUCUCUUCCUUAAGAAUAGACUACGAAGCGACUCGUAUUAAGCUCUUAAAAAGGCGCGAUUUGCUAAGGAACCUAACUCUUAGUAAAACUAUUGCGUUCUUCGCUGCUCCUUCUACUUUUAAACGAUCUUCUUCCGAAGCUACGGUUAGCGUUGCGGAAGCCUCGGAAGAUUGCUUGAUCAUAAGUAGCAAGCUUAUACCGAGAGCGACGGAUGAUCCGGUAAAAGACGGACCUGCUUCGAGGCUUUAG